AGUUUCCGUUACUAUGACAGGAAAAAGACCAACAUUGGCUUGUCAAAUUCUUAAUUUGCCCCUGCCUUCACUUACACUUCUAUUUAUUCUCAUUUAAGUACUAUACUUCUCACAUGUUUUGGGAGCAUUGUUUAGAGUUUCCUUGGUUCAGAAAUCAACUUAAGCAGGUUCGAUUUUCUGGCUUUUCUCUUCUCUCUUUACUCCAUCCCAUUUCCUUCUUAUCAUAGAAAUUUGAUAGCUAUUGGAGGCAAGUAUUUUCCAGCAUCAAUGGAGACCAUGAUCAUGGGCUUCAUCUUCCUUCCAAUGUUGUUGAUGCAAUGCUUCAUGGCUGCCUUAGCCAUGUCUCAACCAAACUUGACCACAGAUCAAUAUGCUCUUCUUCAAUUCAAAGCUUACGUCACUUCUGAUCCUUUGAAUAUCAUGUCCUCCAAUUGGUCUUCUUCUGCUACCUCAAUCUGUAAUUGGGUUGGUGUUUCCUGUGGUGCUUUUCAUAGUAGAGUCACAGCCUUGGAUCUUCCAAACAUGAAUCUCACUGGCAGCCUCCCUCCUCACUUGGGAAACCUCUCAUUUCUUGUUUCUAUCAACUUGAGUGGAAAUAGCUUCAAUGGCCAUCUGCCUCCAGAAUUAGGGAAGCUACAGCGUUUAAGGUUCAUGGACUUGAGCUCCAAUUUUCUUAACGGAAGCAUCCCAGAUGAAAUUUGGUUGCUUUCAAAGUUGGAGAAUUUUAGAUUAGGAAGCAACCGACUUACUGGAACUAUAUCAAGGAAUAUUGGGAACUUAACUAAACUAAGAAGAAUAUACAUUGGAGAUACAAAAAUAGGAGGGGAAAUACCAAAGGAGAUAGGUAAUCUUCAUAAUUUGGAGAAACUUUCAGUAGGAAAUGCACCCCUAUCAGGUCUAAUUCCACCAAAUAUCUUCAAUAUCUCUUUUUUAAGAGGGAUUUAUCUCCACACAAAUAACCUUUAUGGUACCCUUCCCGUUGACUUGUGCUACCAUUUGCCAAAUCUUGAGGAGCUUGAUUUGAGUGAGAAUCAAUUAAAUGGCUCAAUUCCCUCAAGUAUAAGUAGAUGCAAGAAGCUUCAGCAGUUGGAUCUAGACACUAAUAGAUUCACUGGAUGCAUCCCAAGAAGCAUUGGGAACUUGUCCACACUUACUAAAAUAUAUCUCUUUAACAAUGACCUUGAAGCUGAGAUUAUUGAAUUUGUUUUAUUUUCAUUUGUAAUACAUGAGAUUAAUAAUUUUUGAGUCAUUGCACUUUACUCUCAACAUUGUAAGCAUUAGCAAAAGUUUCUUGAUAGGGGAAAUACCAAAGGAGAUAGGUAAUCUUCAUAAUUUGGAGAUAUUUUCAGCAGAAAAUGCAAGCCUAUCAGGUCUAAUUCCACCAAAUAUCUUCAAUAUCUCUUCCUUAAGAGAGAUUUAUCUCCACACAAAUAACCUUUUUGGUACCCUUCCCAUUGAUUUGUGCUACCAUCUGCCAAAUCUUGAGGUGCUUUAUUUGUAUGAGAAUAAAUUAAAUGGCUCAAUUCCCUCAAGUAUAAGUAGAUGCAAGAAGCUUCAGUGGUUGGCUCUAAGCACUAAUAGAUUUACCGCAUGCAU